AUGAAAGAAUGUGGAUUCAAGGAAUUUUGUGACAAUAACAUCUAUUCGCAUUUUCUUUGUUUGUUCUUGAACAUUCAAGCCCGUCGCACUUUUUUCAGUUACAAUGCUGCUACUUACAAUCAACGUGUCAACUUAACGAUUUUCUCCGAGGGACUUUGUCCUAUGUGUAAUGAGUGGUUUACAAAUCAUGUUUAUCCCAAAGUCUACAAGAACUUUGCUGACUUUAUCAACAUUGAAUAUGUGCCCUAUGGUAAUGCAUGGUAUAAAAAUGGAACGAUAACUUGUCAACAUGGAGAGUUAGAGUGCCGUAUUAAUCGUUACUUUUCCUGCAUAAUCGACGUUAUGGGGAAACAGGAUGUGUAUAUACCAUUUCUACAUUGCCUAGAUGAUUUACUCAUUGUAAGAGUGUUUUGA